AUGUAUACAGUUAAGACCAGAAGUUUAGAAUUUCUACCAAAAGUCAAAUCGCCAUCAGCAGCCCCAAUCAGACACAAAACAUCCCAUGACGUCGACGAGAAGAAAGGGCAACAUGCACCGUCAUCCCAACAGGGUUCUGACGUCACGGGGCGUAUUCCCCAGGUGACGUCAUCCGGCGAAUCCGGCAGGGCCGGAUCGGGGAUUGCCCGAAAGCGUUGCAGGAGAUCAGUCAUGUUUGUGGUGAGUAGAAGAGGAAAAGGAAAUACAGUAUCAACUCCCUCUCCAGUUGUCAAAGAAUUUGGAACCAAACUAGAAAAUGUUGUGUUAAGUGAAAUGCCACCAAAAUUGCAAGAUAUGGACCCAACCCAAAUUUUGCUCCUUCGAGGAAAAUUAGGAGCUGAUAAAUGCAGAAGACGUCUUAAGAAAAUUGUGCUGUUUGUUUUGAGUGCUGAUGGAAAAGAUUCCGUUCAGGAAAGGACUGAGCUGGCCGAGAACAUUUUGAAGAGCCUUCGGUUGAAAUUUUCAAAGCAGGACUUUGAAAUUCAUCUGGUCGAUACGAAUUGUGACGAUGUAUCAAAUGUGCAGGCGAGAUUGUUUGCUGAAACUAGGAAAAGGGAAUUGAAAAGACAUUCAGACCAAUGUUACCUCGUACCAAUUUUAUUGCUGAACAGCACAUUUGGACAGCAACUUGUACCAUUUACAAUUGAAAUUGCCGAUUUUGAAGAAGCUUUGUCAAAGUUGGAAAACGAUAAGAGUAAAGAAUUGAUGUCAAAACUGUAUCAGAAAGUAACCAAAGACAAGGAGACAAAGUAUGAACUUCAGAAUCUCAAGUCAAGUGAUCCCCCAAGUGAUGUGCAGGACUUCAUCAAAGACCUUUCGGCUGUAUGGCCACAAGAUAAGGUCUUGAAAUAUUUGACAACAGCUUUAGAAGAUUUAUUAAACGAAGUCAUGAAGAAUCACGAAGACUUGUUGAAAAAUAUGAUCUGGUUGAACAGAAUGAGCACUGCUCCGUUUAACGCGGAUGCUGAAGUUCAGAAGAAACUUAUGGGCAUUGUGCAAGAGUUAAAGAAACAAGUACCAGAAAAGAACAUUCUUAAACACUCACCGAAACCGUCGGACAACCACGAUCCUGCGAACGUCGUUCAACAAAUCAGCGCACAACUUCUCACUGCCUUAACCAAUCCUAUUGCAUCCUUGAUCCAGGAUCAUGGUCAAACCUGUCUGGCCAAACCUUCACUAGGUAUAAGUGCAUCAAUAUUUAACAACAUCGAAAAACAAAUACCAGAAGAUUCAUUAGACGCAUCAGACUCGGAAGAUUUGCAAAAGAUUUUGAAAUACUUGAAGGGUGAUGCCAAUCAUCCUUUGGUGGUUUGCGGAGGUAGUUUUAGUGGUAAAAGUGUUUUGUUGAAACUGGUUGUGCAAAAAGUGGUAGCUGGUAGUGAAUUUUGGCCAGUCGAUGGUAAUUUGGUGUGCAGGUUUGAGGAUUUGUACUCGAAUGGGAGUUUGGUGCAGGUUUUGGAGGAUGUUGCUGAUCGGUGUAAGAUUUUGCAGGACGGAGAGGCUACUUCUUGUAAACAUGAUUUACAGUCUUACUCGACCAUCAUCACAACGUCUCUGCAAAGCACCAGGAAGCCACUUCUGAUUAUCCUCGAUGGUCUGGACAGGCACCAGCCCGUAGACGUGUCUUGGAUACCUCAAACCUUGCCAACGAAUGUUAAAAUAAUAAUAAGCGCUACGCACAACACCAGCAAAAUUGGUGACCAGGAUGACCAAUGUAGAUUUUAUGACAGUUUGAAGAAUCGGUUGGACGAUAAGUGCUUUUUGUCCAUUGGAGAUUUAGGAAAACGCGCGCUGGCGCCCGUUUUUAAUAAAGAAUAUUUAGAUAUUAGUCAGGAUGAGUUUGCAAAAACUGAAGACCAACCCAAGCUCAUUUACGAUAAGGUAGUAUCGUUCAUCACAAAAUUAGCCAAGGAAUUUUUGGAGUUCGAUGUCGCUAAUGUUUUGGCGUUACUGGUUGCAUCGAGAGCAGGUUUGCUGGAGACGGAAAUCUUAGACUUACUGACUGGUUGUGAUAAGUUGAAGGGGACCCAAAAACAAACUUAUGAUGCCGCUUCUGUGUUCUGGACUAAGUUGUACAGAAGGAUGGAACCAUUUUUCUUACACAAGAGGGACUGUGUUAGUUUCAAGAACCAAUUAGUGAAGCAGGCGAUAGAACAUAGUUUCAAGGAUAGUAUAAAACUAGGACAUCAAAUUUUAUUCGACUAUUUCUCUGGAGAAUCUUCGAGUAAUAGUAGUGAAUUUUAUAAGACUGAUAAUGCAACUAAUUCUUAUGACAGAUUCAUUAGUAGAAAACAUUUAGAACUACCCUAUCACCAUUAUCAUCUACAAGGUAUGGAAAACUUUAUAAACUCCGAUUAUCUCACCACCCACGAAUGGAUUUACAAGAAACUGUUGAGCUGCCAAACAUCAGCUCUCCUGGACGACUUAGACCUGGUCAACUCCUCAUCGUCCAACCAACAUCUGACAAUCCUCCGAGACUUUCUAACACUAAACAAAAAACAACUGGAUUACGACACCAGACAACUUUAUUCCCUACUCGACAUUUAUUUUGAAAGCAAACAAGAUUUUAGCAAGAUGAAUGGAGUCCAUCAUGGUCAAGUAGAGAUCAAGAGAAAGUUUUCUAAUAACGUUGUGCAGAGUUGGUACGAGGCUUGUAAGAAACCACCGGUUUGCACUUUGGUGGUGCAGAAUUUGGAUGAUUUAGUGCAUCGUGAUGAUGACACUAAAGUUGCUGUUGGUUUUACUGCUUUGCAAAGAUUGGGGAAUGGUGAUACUGGUUAUGUCACCAGUUUGUCGACAGAGCGGGAGGAGAUUUGUGUUUGGGACGUAUCCAGGUGUAAGCGAGUCAGGACCCUAACUGGCAUCACCCAGCCCCUUUCUUUAUGUCCAGUUGAUAGCACCAGAUGCAUAGUUCUUUGUGGACGUGAAUUGAGGUUGUUUAAUUUGGAUUUGGGGUCAUCGUUGGUCAAACUUAAGGGAGUCAUGAAUCAAAAGAUGCCCUUUUAUGGUCUUCAUGAUAAUGGACAUGUUGUCUGCUUGUCCAGGAAUAGGAUGUAUGUUAAUUUGAUGAAUUUGGAGAGCGGUAAGUGA